AUUUCGCCAAUCCGUAGAAAAUGCUGAGAAGAGUAGUGCUACAGGCUGCGACGCAUCGUCGUCGUCGUCCCUUCUUACCUUCUUCAAUAUAUGCAUUUCGACAAUGUUCAAUUUCUGCCUCUUCUUCUUCUUCGUCAGAGUCAUCUCAAAAUUCAAACAGUUCUUUCGUCGAACACUUGGAGGGCCCAAACCAAUCCACCGAAACCACUGCUCAAUCCUCUACCACAAUCUCUAUCGACCGCUCUGGCUUAUACAAUCCCCCUGACCAUUCUCACCAACCGUCGUCGGAUUCUGAGCUUGUUAAGCAUCUCAAAGGCAUAAUCAAGUUUCGAGGCGGGCCAAUCUCAGUUGCUGAGUAUAUGGAGGAAGUUUUGACAAAUCCGAAGGAUGGUUUCUAUAUGAAUCGGGAUGUGUUUGGAGUAGCAGGCGAUUUUAUAACUUCUCCCGAAGUGAGCCAGAUGUUUGGAGAGAUGGUUGGUGUUUGGGUAAUGUGUCUGUGGGAGCAAAUGGGACAACCAAACAGAGUGAACUUAGUUGAGCUGGGUCCAGGAAGAGGAACUCUCAUGGCUGAUCUUCUACGUGGUGCAUCGAAGAUUAAGAAAUUUACAGAAUCACUUCACAUACACAUGGUUGAAUGUAGUCCAACUUUACAGAAGCUCCAACAUUGUAGCUUGAAGUGUACAGAUAAGGAUGAUGCUGAUGGAAAUUUAGAGAAACAAAUUAUUAGCAAGUUGUCUGAGACUCCUGUAUCAUGGCAUGCCACACUGGAGCAAGUUCCAACUGGAGUGCCGACAAUUAUUAUUGCCCAUGAGUUCUAUGAUGCCCUACCAGUUCAUCAAUUUCAGAGAGCUUCUCGUGGCUGGUCUGAGAAAAUGAUUGAUGUUGCAGAAGAUUCAUCGUUUCGUUUUGUUUUAUCUCCGCAGCCUACACCUGCAUCUCUCUAUAUCAUGAAGCGCUGCAAGUGGGCUGAGAGAGAAGAAAUAGCAAAGCUUGAUCACAUUGAGGUUUGCCCAAAAGCAAUGGACUUGACUCAAAAUAUUGCUAAGAGAAUAAGUUCUGAUGGCGGUGGGGCACUCAUAAUUGAUUAUGGUUUGAAUGGAAUAGUUUCAGAUAGUCUUCAGGUUUGGUGCCUCCUGUUGUUGAUUGUACUCCUCACGUGUUUUAGUAGAUAAUUAGAGGCCGACAUUCUCUGGAUGGAAUUUUUCUGCUUUUGCUUUGGAAAUUGAACUUUUGCUUAUCUUACUAUAUACAAUCCAGGACACACUAUCGUUGGGGUCCAGUCAUCGGUUUUUCCUUUUGGGUCCAAAAUCUGUGCUUGUAAGCAUUUAAGUAAUUUGGUUUGUGCACACUUGUUUAAUUUAGAACAUUGAAACCCUGGUUAUGAAGUAUGCUGAAAAAUAACACAAUCUUGUACUUAUGCCAUCCAAGAAGCCUGGAUACUUCUACAAAGAAGACAUUAUGUAUUGUGUAUUUUAUCAGACAACCAUAUGUAUUGGACAUAGGUGUAUGAUACUCGAUAUAUCCAAAUUUGGAAAACAUCUAAUACGUCCUAAUGCAUCACUCUUUAUAAUGUUAUAUACUGUCUUGACUAUAGAAAAUGUUGUGUGAAAUUGUAUGUUUUUUCAGUUGCUAGCUACGAGUUUUGGACCCUUGACUCCUCCCUUCUCCUUCCUUAAGAUACCAUGUCAAUAUUUAACAAACUAUGCUACAGCGGCUUUGGCCAUUGUCUGUGAGUGUAUAUCAUACCCCAACUAUUUUUCGAAUUCAAAGCCAUCAUGUCCCUGAGACUAUAACUAGCUUUCCCUUAGCUUCUGUUUUCAAUUGGAUGUUCUCACCUUGUAGUACAUUUUUGCAGGCAAUUCAAAAACAUGAGUUUGUUAACAUACUGGACAAUCCUGGCUCUGCUGAUCUGAGUGCAUAUGUUGAUUUUGAGGCAGUUAGGCACUCUGCGGAAGAAGUUUCAGGUGUGCAUUCUUAUGUGCUAUUGUGUUAGUUUGUAGUAAUUAUGGAAAGGAAAAAAGAGGUACUGACAGGUACUAAAAUAGAAAAUGUGCAGUAGAUUACAUAAAAUUGAAUAUUUUUGCAGAAGAUGUGUGUGUUCAUGGUCCAAUCACUCAGUCUCAGUUUCUUGGUUCUCUUGGGAUAAAUUUUCGGGUUGAAGCAUUGCUGCAGAGGUGCACAGAAGCACAAGCCGAGUCUCUGAGGACAGGCUACUGGCGUUUGGUGGGCGAAGGGGAGGCCCCAUUUUGGGAGGGUCCUAAUGAGCAGACACCCAUUGGGAUGGGUACUCGAUAUUUGGCAAUGGCUAUUGUGAACAAGAAGCAAGGCAUUCCAGUUCCAUUUCAAUAAAAGCAUUCAAUAAGGUUUUAUGUUGUAGUCAUAUGCAGAACACACACCUAUUGUCCUACACGUCUCAACGACGGGUUCGUUGCGCAAUUUCGGAAAAUCUUUGUGAAUGUUUUUGUCUUUGACAAUCCUUAUUGGGGUAAUCAUAUCCAUAUUCUUUAUACCUUUUUUGGGGGGUUAAAUAGAAUUCUCUUACUAAUGCUUGUUGCGCGAUCAUAUGAAACGCUUCUCGCUGAAUUUUCUGGUUUUUUGAUGCAUUGACAGGCCACAGUUGGCAAUUUGGGUUGGGUUUUAAAGCAUGGGCUCCUAACGGUUUGGGCUUUGAAGUUGUUGACCAAUGAAAAUGAUUCAUGAGUGAG